GGUAGCAGGUGUGGUCGCGGUGCAGUAUCCUAUUGCUGCAAAGCUACAGAUCUCUACGAAUUAAAACCAGUGAGUUCUGAAAUUUUGAACUGUCCUAAAUUCCUAUGGCACAUUGUUAAUGCUGCCUAUCCAGGGCUGUCGAUGGAGUCUUUGUGAUUUAUCCCCAGAAUGCCCGGCGGAGCGACCAGUAAAACUAACAACUGAUACUGGUGGCCCAUCCGAUACAUUUCGCUGCGACACCUAUCCACUCCCAAUGGGGGGUCAUGGAUUCUUCACGAGAGCAUUGUGCUGCCCUCCAGACCACGGGUUGGAGAAUUGCAAAUGGCAUGAUGGCAGCGUAUGUUCCGAAAGGUGCCCCAGCAAUCAGCUUGAACUUGACUCCGAUCCAUUUGGUGGCUCACGGUCAACCGCCUGUGCCAAUGCAAGACAAGCAAAGUUUUGCUGUGACCCCCCUACCGGUAUCACCAAACCUUUUUCGAUCGUACCCCUGGAAAAUAUAUUCCCAAGUGCAUUCUGGCCUCCUCCCCCAGCCAUUGUCCAGUAUGAUCUUAUUAGUUUUGGAGGCGGGUUUAAGGAUCAUGGAGAUGAAGACCCAAACAGCUCUGGCGUUGCAUUUCUGCUCUUUGCUGGCGCUGAAGAGGCAGUAUCGAGAAUGAAAAAGAGAGAUGGUGAGACGGAUGGAAUCCAAUUCUUGAGUUGUCCCAAGGACCCACAUUCUCGAGGGGAUGAUGAGCUGCAGCAUGCCCGUGUUGUUUGCUUGAAUGAGGAGAUUUCAACCUGCUUUCCUGUGCAAAAAGCAGGUGUUGAGGGCACAUUGGUCUCAAUGCCACGAGAAUGUGGCGGCGGGUUUGCCCGCGCGGUUGCAAUGAUACUCUCUUCUAAUCAAUCCAUUCCCGACGACAUCGCAACUCGAAAUCCAACCUCACCCGUCUUCGACUUUGCUUUCGAUUAUGACAUGAAGCAUAUCCGUCGCGAUGGUGGAAGCAUCAGCAUGCGUGUUGACUUUUCAAACGUGCCUGGCUAUUGGAACGCUGUGGUUGAUAAUCCUGGUAAUGGACAAAAGAAGCGUGACAUUGACCGCCGUUUCUUCAGUAAUUCACUCCAGGACUGGCAAAACCAGAUUCAAUCCCUUCAAUUCAACGAAAAUUCCAAUACAUGGAAUUAUAUGGAAGACAAACUCCUCUUCUUCCAAUCCAACCAGGCGUGUGAAGUGGAUUCUGACCUCAUUCCCGAGGGACUUGCCAUGGGUGUUCAUACUGAGGUUUCUGCAAAGACUUACUAUGGUUUCAGCAUGAUUGCAACAAUUGAUAGUCAACAGCUUAACGUUCAUCAGGCUAAUGGUUUCUUUAAUGGCGUCGGGGUUACUGAUUUCAUUGCAGAGCUCAGUGGAGUAGGGAGGUUCGACGCUGACCGAAUCCAUUCCAACCCUAUGAUUUCGCAAGCCGACACAAUGCAUCAAGGAGGAUUUAGUCUUUUCAAAGGAUUAAUGAAAUUUGAUCCUUAUUUAGUGGUUCAAUACACGGCAGGUACAAAUGGUGGAGAUGUUGGAGCAGAGGGAGUAGAGUGGAAUGGAUAUUCAAGCGGGAGGGUUAUCCAAGAUCUCCCCAACACUAUUCAGCACUUCCCUCCUUCAGGAGACGAAAGCUUACAUGGCAAUGAUCCUGCAAUCUUUUCCACUGGGCAACUUUUCCCAAAUACUCUUAAUCCUGAUGGCAAUACCGCAGGAUCAAUAUCAGCUUCUGCUAUUGCAAAAUUGGGGUUAUCUGUCUCAUUGAACUUGCCAUCGUCUAUUGCUUCCAACGUUGGGACUAUGCCCGACAUGUCCCUUACUGUCGAGAGUUCCCUUGUAUUUUCUGCAGAUAACACAAGUUUUCCGGACCAAACCUGCAUGUAUGUCUUAGGCAGUGCAACACAUAGCACUAAUAUGCAGAGAGGGGGGACUGUCAAUUGGGGCCGAGACUUUUUCAUCAAUAUGUUUCACAAAUACGGAGUCGCGGGCCCUCGGAAUUGCUUUCCCAACCAGGCGGAGUCUGGAAACUACAAACGAGAGAACUCCGAACGCCGGUCUACUCCCACAGGCACUUACUUACCCGGCGAGAACCGUCUGAUACUUUACAAAAAUCUGUUUCCUAAUAUAGUAAAAUCAGCGGCCCAUGCAGCCAAUGGAGCAGCAAACGGCGUUCUUGCUACUAAAAAUCAGUUGUUCAAUGCACUUGCGGCAGCUGUUCCCUCAAAAGCCAAUGUUCUUGCAGGCCUCGACGCUGCGUCAGUAGUCUUCCAGGCAACCGGAGCAUUUACAUGCGAAGUUACUACAAAUGAAGAGGAAAAGAACGGUUGCUGUGGAUGCAUUAGCAUGAGGGCAAUAUAUGGUGCCGCUGACGAUCCAGAUAGCGAUGACAAUGAUAAUGAUCCAUCGGCAAUAGAUGAUUUCUUAGAUACUGGUGAUGACCCCGACGAUUCAUCGAAGAAGAGAGGGUUUGAAGAAAUGGGCAGCAGUACCGGCUUUAAUUCGACUGCAAUAGUAGGGAAACGCAACAUUGGGGGGAUCACAACUGGCAAAAAGACGAUAUCUGUUUUUGGCAAGAAAGUCAGGUCCCCACAAUAUCCGUCCUUCCCUCAAUAUGAAAUGAUAGAUCCUCCCAAGGUCGACUGGGAUAGGGAUUCCAAAUCUUACCUUCUUGCAGUCUUAAAGUACUACCAUAAUGCUAGUGCUGAGUGUGACAACUGGGAUGUUUUUAGAUCAGAUGUAUACGAUGAGGAAUACUAUGCAGAGGGACAGAAGUGUCGCACUGACUAUGAAACCGAGCAUGUUUUUGAGGCACAAACAAUUGCACAAUUUUUUAACGACUACACUAUAUCAGGCUAUCUACCUUGGUUCUCAAAAAGGGGAAACAACGUACGAUCCGAACCACAGUGGGAUUCUACCUGGGGUACAAAUUAUGUAACCCGGUUCAGCACCAACUGGCGAGCUCCAAAUCCAGCUAUACCGAGCCGACAAAUUAUCUAUAGUUUCAUGGACAGGCUGUUGAUGGAGCUUGGUACUGGAUUCGCUCGGGGUCGCGGCAAUCAAGAUAGACUUACAAUUUUGAGUGCACGCGUGAACAACCUUAAAGGGCGUUUAUUUAAAGGCAAUCAAGGAGUGAGUCCCAAUACGUUCUCAAAGUUUAGUGAACAGGCAAGAAAGCUAGCCUUCAAAGAGCUUGGCAUGGCGUUUACGUACAUGAACCUCCCGGAAGUUUCAGCCAAGUUUUGUUCAUCCUAUCAAGGGAUGUACGACUUAAUGGGCCAAUUUGACAGCUGGCAUGCGGAAGUAAAUCCAGAUGCCCAAGACCCUGCUCUACAGGCGAAAUGGAAGAAUUUUAUUCGCGAACUUCUUGACAAUAUAGUUCUGCUCGGUCGCGAAAAUGCCAAAUCCCUAUGGCAGAUCGUUCGAAACGAUAAUAAGGACAAUCUGGAUGGCCAAUGGAAAAAUGUUGCACAGCGGGAGGCCAAAAAGCUGCGACUUACUUUCACGUGUGACAAUCUCCCAACUGAGACAUUUCCAGAGGUCCAAUCGGAGUUUUCAUUGGAUCUACCAGAUAUUGGAAUGGGCGGUACCUAAGACGGUGGAAGCCGUGGAAGGAUAUUCGUAACUAUUUCUGUCUGGAAACACCAUGCACGGAAUGAGAGGAUUGUAGAUAUGUGUUAGUUUAAACGAACAAGAAAAAUUUUCCUUGGCUGAUCUAAUUGAU